UGAUUCCUUAUUUUUUGUUUUCUUUUGUCUCGGCUGCUAUUCGCCCUGAUAAUUGUUCAUAGCAUGGGAUAGUGUCAAGAGGCCGAAGAUGGCGAAGAUUGCAUGCUACAUCACCGGGGAAGGAAAAUAGUGGUUUGCUGUCAUCCUUGAGGGAAAAUAUAUUCAUUGAUUAUUUUAGUAAUCGUAUCAUCAAUAAAAAUAUGAUUAUACAAGUGUAUAGGCUUCUUGUAGUAGUGGCGCAUGCUUCAUCUCGGACGUUGGCAACCGCGACCGUAUAUGAUUUGUCAUUGCCCGAUCAAGUUGAUGACCGCAGCAAAAAUUUUAGAGUACUUUUCCAUAUACAAUAAGACCAGUUCUUGGUCUUGUUCUUAUUUCUUCACAUGGAUGACUAAGGCAUGUUAAUAUAGCAAUGUACCUAAAGUGGCUUCAUCAAUGAAUAUCAACGCAUAUGAUAGAUGAUGAUAGAUUUUUCGCGUCUCGCGGUAGGAGGGUCAUUUCGACGAUAAUGGAUGCUUCCUCGGCUCCAGAAAGCCGUUUGCAACGACAAGAAACUGCGCAUGAACCUGGAGCCAGGCACCAAGCAGGCGUGUUUUCAUCUUAUAUAUAAUAAAUAAACAUACCGAUGAAUAUCAACAUCGUAUAAAAUAUAUGAGACGGUGUUGAUGAAGUACUGGAAGUUAACGAUUCUGAAGGUGAAGCUGUAGCUGAUAAUGGUCGUCCGCAAUGCUGAGGGGUGUGGUCAGGGUACGAUGGCCAUGAGCAAAGGAAAAGCGACUUGAUUGAGGGCUCGUGACUUCGUCGGGCCGAAGCGUAGAAUCCGAU